GCAAAGCAAGAAUUUGGUCUAGUUCACUAGGCUACAUAAUUACAACAGUAAUAGCAAAAUGUAAUUGGCACUCACCUCCUUCAGUACUGUGAUCUUCCACAAUGUGGCAGAAGACUUGUGCAGAAUUAAAUAACGCACAGGUUUGAGGAAUGUAAUCCUGUUAAAUAAAUAGGUGAUUACACCAUUUAGUAAUACUUGUAUUUUUUACUUUGGGUAUUAGAGCCAGUGACCAAUAUUGCUAUGUACAUUUGCUGACACAUAUCAUUGGUGUUUUGCUAAUCAACCCUGAUGUUCUGAACUGUUAUGAUCACGUCAGCUAAAAUCUUCAGUUCUGAUAAAACUUUGAAACCCAAAAAACAAAGUUUAUAUCGUACUGUAAAACAAAUCAACAAGUCUAUACCGAAACCGUUUCUAAAUGUGUCAUUGAUAUAUUAUUUUUCCCUCCAAGAAUUGCUCAAAAGCCGCUUCCUAAAUAGAGUUACUGAUUUUCUUUUCCUUCGACCAAAAGCAUGUUACUGACUCCGAGAUCUGCAAGAGUUGCAGACAUAUUUAAGUAAAAGCUACAACAUUCAUAAUAACCAUACAUUCAAAAUGAUUUGACCAAAUUGUAGCCUAUAUAAUGAAAUGGACAAAGUUAAACGUUACAGUAACAACUUGUACAUAUACAUUAGAAUAAAUAACAUCAGAUAGAUCUGACAUGUUUCUGCGGAUGUGACUUCAUAAACUGUAAGUCUUUAGCUUUUCCAGACAUUUUUCCUGCAGUUCGGUUGCUGGUGUCCCCUUUACACACACUCUCUAUUUCGGUGUUUCCUCUCGCUGCCAAGCCCCUGACGUAAUGCUCCGCUGUUAAUGAUUAGCAUGUGGAAACGAGCCCCGCGAGCCCCCCUACAUCAGAAAGACCGAAACACCACCGGAAAGAGAAAGGCAUGACCUUCACAAUAAAAGUGAUGAUUUGUUGACCAUCAACACCACUAUUCAAAUGUUGCCAUUGCAAAUACACAGUAGCCAAUUCAUCACAUCAGCAGUUUGUUAUACGCAAACUGUUAAAGAUAAUUAAGAGUUAAGACUGGUGUUAGAAUAUAAAAAUAAAGGUACAUUCAUCAAGCAAAACUGGGGUUUGUUUGUUUUACAAACAAUUAAUUUAUGAAGACUUAAGGUCAAGAUCUUUAAAACAUUAAAAUAAAAUUUGGUUAACUCAUACCCUACAUGUAGGAUUGAGGUAUAUGUGCUUCACUCAAUAAGCUAUUGCAUCCUGAGGCUAAACACGUCCAUGGGGUUCAAAUCUUGUGGGUCACCAAGAAGACAGGAGGUCAUGAGAUGAUUUCCAGAAAUCAAAUUAAAAUGAAAAAGUUGCUGAAGCUAUUCUUAACAGAAAUCACAAAAACUCAAACUGUCUUACACGGAUAGUGUACGUGAGUUGAAGGAGUUUUUAUACCCCAAAAUUAUUUAGCUGCUUAAUCAUGUCUGCAUCGUCAAAUCAGAUAAAUCAGGGCUCAUGUAUUUUGGCAGUUGUUAUUUUGUGGAUAUCAGGCAGAAAAGUUUGGGAACCACUAAGAUCAGAUCGAAAGUAUUUUGUUCCAUCAGCCAUCACCUUCCCAAAUUAGUUGCAUGUGCAAAUGAUAAGUAGUGUUUAUGCCAUUUAAUAAUUCACACAAAUAUUAAAAUGUCUAAAUUAUACUAGUUAUCCUAAAUUUAUUGCAAGUUGUAAAAAAAAUCUCUACCCAUAAGAAUAAAAUAUCAUCCUUUAAUUUAUUUGCAAGACUUUUAUUUUGAAAUCCUAAAACGGACAUUGAUGAUAUCUCACUUCUCCUAACUAAAUUAUUUUAUGCAGAGGAGUUUGUCUGUUGAGCGGAGACAGAGGAAAAGUUAGUCAGGAUGGUAAACCCCACAGACCCGGAGUGAAAGGGUACUGCUCCCCCUGGAAAAACCUGAGCCCUUCGCUCGUCCUGAAACGGAAUCAACGAUGCAAACUGCGCACACAGGUCUAAGAGGGAUCCUUUGAAGAAACAUGCCAGAGGUUGAAGCUGAUGUGACACAUUCUGAGCUGGAAGAAAGCUGACUCAUCAAAUGUCAAUCCCUCUGAAAUCGACUUAGCAGCCAGAAGCAGCUCAGAUCAACUAAUGCCUAGCUAGAGACGGACCCACUCCCCUUUACUUUCAUCACAGGAGAUUAUUAUACAAGAGGAGUGGUGUGAAAACGCCUCCAACAGGAAUAUACCUAGCAUUUGCUGCAGGUCACACCGUUUUUCUUCUGCAGCCUGACAGAAUCUGGUGUCCCAGUUUCCCUACUAAGAAUGGUAUUCCAGUGCCUCAUCUGACCAUUACUGAUUGCCACAUCGCUACCAUCAUUGCAGCCCUCCCCAUUAAUUUCACCAGCAUUGUAAAGCUUGGGCGAUAACUCCCUAGCUUGGGAGCCCUGCCCACUACAUUCAGCGCUGCUCCAUCCUGCCACACAGACCAUGAUGUUUCGUGAUCAGGUGGGCGUGCUAGCCAGCUGGUUUAAGGGAUGGAACGAGUGUGAGCAGACUGUGGCUCUGCUCUCCCUGCUGAAGAGGGUGAGCAGGACCCAGGCCCGCUUCCUGCAGCUCUGUUUGGAGCACUCACUCGCUGAAUGCACUGAGCUGCAGGUCCUGGAAGGAGAAGCCAACAAUCCAGUUCUCAUCAGUCAGUGGCAAGGCGAACCUAAGGAGCAUGUCAUCUCACUGGUCCUGACUCAUCUCCCACUUCUCAAACCUGGCAACACCGAAGCCAAGAGUGAGUACAUGCGUCUGCUGCCGCGCAUCCUGGCCCACACCAUUGAGCAUGGCCAUCACCUGGAGGAGUCUCGCCAGCUCCUGUCCUACGCCCUCAUCCACCCUGCCACCUCCCUGGACGACCGUGCCGCUCUGGCGCUUUGGCUGAACCACCUGGAGGAGAGGGCGGCCGCGCGAGGAGAUUCACUGGAACGGCCUCCUUCUGGGCCUCACCAUCAGCAUCACCAGUCGACACCUCCAUCCACUCUCACCUCUACAGGAUCUUCCUCUUCCACAAACACACCUUCACCAGGCAAUCUGUACAACCUACAUCACCACCAGCGCUACGGCUCAGACGAUCGCCUCAAUGGCUGGCAAAAUUCAAGGGACUCAGGAAUGGGCGGAGGCUGGCAUCAGCAGCAGGGCUGCGAGAACGGACACCUCCAACUGUACCCAUCAUCCUCAGUGCCUGCAACCAUCCACACGGUUGGAACCAGUGGGGGAAGUAACACGAUCCUUUCCAGUGGAGGUGGGAGUCAGCAGCACAGCACCCUAAAGCGCUCGGUAUCCCUCACGCCUCCAAUGAGCGGCCCCAACAGCCAACCUCUGGGCCACGUCUGGUUGUCCCAGGAGGACCUACGCACUGCUAGAGGCCCGGCUCCAGACCACGCCCCCCUCUCCCCCCAGAGCAGCAUCGCCUCCUCAGGUAGUGGAGGCAGUGAACAUCUGGAGGAUGCUGGUUUAGGAAGCAGUUCAGGUCUGCAUCGCAGCUCCUUCCAUGAGGAGUUGAGUGGCAUGAGGGAUGUUCCUGCAUGGCUCAAAGGUCUCCGGCUCCAUAAAUAUGCCCCUCUGUUCUCCACCAUGGCCUACGAUGAGAUGAUGUCAUUGACUGAAGAGCAACUAGAGGCACAGAAAGUCACUAAAGGAGCCAGACACAAGAUUGUGAUCAGCAUCCAGAAACUCAAAGACAGGCAGAACCUUCUGCGAAGCCUGGAAAAGGAUGUGCUGGAGGGCAGCAACCUCCGCUCCCCUCUGCAGGAGCUCCACCAGAUGAUCAUGAGUCCCAUCAAAGCUUUCAGCGGUGGCGACGAGUCCUCUCUGCAGCGCCCCCUGCUAGGCCCAGAGAGCAAAAGCUCAGCGCCCGGCUCCCACCUCUCCGGGGAGGCCGAGUCUGGCACGAGUGUUGUCGCUGAGGGGGAUCUACCUGGUCAGUUUACUCGUGUCAUGGGCAAAGUUUGCACACAGCUGCUGGUGUCACGGCCGGACGAGGACAACAUCAGCUCCUACCUGCAGCUCAUCGACAAAUGCCUCAUCCAUGAGUCCUUCACUGAGACGCAGAAGAAGAGGCUGUUGUCAUGGAAACAACAGGUCCAGAGGCUGUUUCGGUCCAUUCCCAGGAAAACCCUCCUUGACAUAGCAGGGUACCGAGCACAGAGGAGCCGCUUUGGUCAGUCCAACUCUCUGCCCACCACUGAUUGUGUUGGGAGCAGCGUGUCGACCAGGAGGAGCCUCCACCAGUUCCAGAUGCCCUCCAGGAGCCUGCCAGCAGCCAGGCUGGGUCUGCUGGGCAGCGGGGGGCUACUGGGACCCACACCUCGCAGCUCCAGCAGCACCCCUACUGGUCCCAAACAGGGCAGACAUGGUCCAUGGUUUGCCAACCCUGGAGGAAGCAACAGCAUGCCAAGUCGGACCCACAGCUCCGUACAGAGAACCCGCUCCCUACCCGUCCACACCACUCCGCAAACCAUGGUUACGUUCCAAAAGUCUGAUCAUCAGGUACCCGUAACAGAGCCGGACAUAAACAAUCGCCUGGAGUCUCUGUGUUUGAGCAUGACUGAACACGCCUUAGGAGAUGGAGCAGACCGCACAUCCACUAUAUGAAACUGGAACCCGAGUGAGAGCAGCAGGGCGCCGCAGGUUUGAGGGGCUCUCUCAUGAUAAGCCACCUGAAGGUCACCGCCUCCCCAUCUCAGUAGCCGAUGCUAGAACUCGACCAAAGGGCCGUGUGGGAUCCUAGAAACAUGCCGUCAGGUUGGAGAAACACAUUUCCUGCUCCACCAGGAUGAUCAGCCGUCUGCGUCUGACAGUGGAGGAAGAAAAUGCAACAGUACAAUGAUGGACGGGGUGAGCAGCACCCCCACUCCUCGGGAAGGCCCGGCGCUUCUCCACAGUCGAGGCUGUUCAUUAGAAGGAAGAUGCCAGCCUUUGGACCAGGUCUGAGACAGCGGCCCCUUCUGACAUCAUCAUCAUGGCGUCAUUCACAUGAACGGACUCAUCUCAGUUUGGGAUUUCCUGGGCUGGUUUCAGCUCCAGCUGUGAUGUUAGUAGCGGUCGGCCGUGUUGUGCUCAGUAUUUGGGUGAUCCGAAUAACAACAAAACAUUUCUUGAUAUUUAUUGUUUACAUGAGGAUGCUACUACCAGAGGGUACGGAAACGUGUAAUCACGUCAGGUAGGCCUGCGUGCAAGCUUCAUGUCCCCCAAAUAGACAUCACACCAGUUUACAGCUGAUGUGCUUAUUCUUUAUUUUAGCAGCUGACAGGAAAGAGACAAGUAGCUGGAUGUGGAUGACAGGAGGAAGUUGAACAGAUGCGUGCAGAGGAGGCAGGGGGUAGGUGAUGUGGAGAUAAACACAGAAAGUUGAGGAAGGAAUGGAGCUGAAGCGAUGCUGAGAAGGGAAGCGGAUGUUUUCAUGAGAAAAACGUCAGAGGCAGGACCUCUGAAAAUGAUGUCAUGUCUGAUCAUGUUCAGUCCACUCAUGUGAGUGUAGGAGCUGUGGCCAUCCACUACGCUCGCUGUACGAUUCUGACUCCAGAGUCUAUGAAUAAGAGACGAGUUGGUGGGAUCUGGGUUGGUUUAGAGCAGGGCCUCGAGGGCCGCUAUCCAGCAUGUUUAAUGGUUUCUCUGGUCCAACAAACUAGAUUCACCUGUGCAGCAGCUCAUCGGGCUCUGCAGAAGCCUGUUAAUCACCUACUAAUUGAAAUCAGGUGUGCUGAAGCAGGGUUAAAACCAAAAUGUGCUGGACACUGGCCCCUUGAGGCCCGGAAAUGAAUAGCCCUGCUUUAGAGGGAAGGACGGUAGUGAAACACAGUGAGGAGGUGAUGUGAGAUCAAACAGGAUGUGUGUGUUCCACUCGGUGUCAUGAAGACCGAACAAACACACACAAACACACACAAACACACACACACACACACACACAAACACACACACACACACACACACACACACACACACACACACACACACACACACACACACACACCAUGAAGGGUAGUUAUCCCAGAGAUUGUCUUGUUAGUGCUUACCUCCCCCUGCUGGCCAAAAGCAGUCAGUGCAGGACAGGAACUAAAGACCGGCAGAUUUUUGUAAAUUACUGACGAAAACAAACAAAAAUCCCAUGUGGGGAGAAAACUGGUCUGGGAAAACGAGAGCAAAGAUGUCUGGUGUGUCAGUCUUUUGACUGUUUGUGGGCAGAAUUCUUCAUAGAAUAUAUUUCUUUGUUUAUUUUUUAAUCUUUUGGUUAUUAUUUAUCCCUUGUUGUGUCUAGAACGAAGAUGCGUUUUGUGAAAGUGAGCUGGUGAGGUUCCUGUGUGCUGCUUUCAGGCACACCUGCGUCCUGACCAUGAACUGGUGUUGUUGGGGUCAUGUUCUUUAGCUUCUUUGUGAAUAAGUUUUCAUUUAGCAGUAUUUCCUUUGUAUGCUGCACUAAUGUGAUACACUAAAAUCUGAAUGAUCAGCUCUGCAUGAUCCAGACGGGCUGGUCUUUGGAGAGGAUGGCAACUAUGUGGUAGAACCACAAAUCUGACCGUAGAGACCAACCGCACCACACGUCUCUGGUUAAACUGAAACCAGAUGUCCCUCUUGCAGUGGUUUUAGCCAAAGCUGAAUGGAGACUGACAGGUGAAGGGCCGUAUCAGGGUUCAUGCAUGUUUUAGUUCAUCAUGGCUUAAGGACAGAUGUUAUCCUUCAGUGUUUGUUUCAUAUUUAGCACAAAUCACACUUAGCUUUUUAUUAUUGAUUUAUUUAGUUAGUCAAAUUAAAAUAAGGCCUACAAAAGCAGAUAGUUCUGAUGAGGAGGUAGUCUGAUUGUCUUUUCCUGAGCAAACCACUCCAGCCAUCUCGGGUUUGAAGGGUAGCAUCUCCACUGAUGCUCAACAGGAUUCAUAUCUGGACUCAUUAAAGGCCAUUUAGGAGUGGUCCAAUGAUUGUCAGCCAUACUUGAGAGCUUUUAGCUGGACAUUUGGGGUCAUUAUUAUGACUUGGAGAACCUGUGACUGAGGCUGAGCUUUCUGACCCCGGUUCUUCACCAGCUGCAUAACGUAAGAACCACGUUUUCCUUGUGAUUCAGUGACCACAUUAUACAAUAGUGCCUUUUGUUUAGAAAAAUUUCAGGUGCUUCAUACUGCUCCUGUGGUUGAUUUUUAUUUCUGACCUGAUCUGAAAUGCUUAGAAAUGCUCCCGCAGGAUACGGCCGGAGCUCGACAGGACCCUCAGGAGACGGCUGGAGCCUCUGGAGACUUUUGGCACUAAUGAGCCAAGUAGGAAUUUCCAACAUGAAAGGAUGCAGGGCUAAUAUUUGGCCUCUCUAGAAAUAUUGUGGCCCCUGGAUGGCCCCACACUAAUGAAAACCCUGGAUCCACCAGAUAACAGUGGCUAUUAGCUGAGUCUUCUGCUUCACAAUGGUUACACCCCGCCCACUUACAGAUCCGGUUGAAAGUCAGGGUGACUUGGAGCAGUCGUGUUUCCUCCAGCUUCUCUCUCACUCUCUCGCUCUCUCUUUCUCUCUCUCCAUAUAAAUUGUUGCUCGUCUCUGAGAGCUAAAAGAGCAUCAUGAGAUUUGUCUGCAUUUUUCUAAGCAUUUUUAUGUUUUGAUGAUUGCCCUCUACAACUCCGAGCGACCCAAGCUGUAACGUUUAUGAGCUUUAUUUUGAAAUCCACAGGCUCUCUGUCAGUAAAACAGACAUGUUUGGGAGUUAAAGACACUAAAACAUGCAUGUAACUCUGCUAUAGGAUCCAUAGGAUAAAUGUUCAGAUCCAGUGAUGGUGGUUUUAAACUCCAGUCUGGAUUUUUGCGCACACACACACACACACACACACUACAAAAUAGGAGUGGAAGAUUUUACAGCUGAACUCUUUAUAUGAUUUUUUGAGUGUAUAAAAUCCAAUCUGUCAGUUCAUCUGAAUUCCACCAAAGCACGAGUGUGAGAUUAUAUUAAUCCCGGUUGUCUUUCUUCAGGAUCUCACCUUGUUCUUUCAGUGUCACUUCCAUAUUAAUCAGAACUUAAACAUAGAAACAGUUAUUUAUUCUUUUCUUUUGUGCAGAGGUCAUGCUGAUCCUUUAGGUGUUUUAUUAUUUAAAAUACCGUAUGUAUUAACGUGUUAUGGCUGGUAACCAUACAUACAUCUCAAUUAUUAACGUUGUUAUUGUUGACUGAGUGUUUUCUUUCGUGUUUUGUUUAAUUGUUGCUGAGCUAUCAAGUUUGUGUGUUUCAGUGUCAUGUUGAGAUUUGAUGCUUUGAGCGAAGCCCCGUGUCUGGACUUGCUGAUGUCACCAAGCACUGGUGCAGGAUGGGAGGGGCUAAAGGUCAGCAUUAACAGGACAUGGAUCAGUGCUAGUCAGAUGUGCUUUUACUCAGUCAGUGUUCAUUUGACUCUUCAGAGGAUUUGUUUAUGUUCAGAUAAUAGUAUCAAGUUUUAAAAACUCAAAGUGGUUUAUUUUAUUGGACGUGAACACAAAUUCUCCCUUUGAGCAGGUUUGAUGUUAGCACUGACUGACGGGGUUUACAGACUGUGAUAAUAAAGUUACAGGGUUUGUGUUCGGAGGACAAAACGCCUCCGAGUUCAGGAUCGUCUGCGAGCCAAAUCCAGACCAGUGGCAGUAUUAACAUUUAAAUUACGCUUUGAUAUUCCAAAAGCAUUUGUGGAGACAUGUAUGCUGUUUUUCUUUUUCUUUGCAGUUUGGUGGGUUUGGGAUGGAGACUUUUAUUAUCCUGCUCUUUGUUUUGUUUUUGGAACAACAAAGUUACCGCCUGACUGUGCUCCUUUUACUUCAUUUAGAUUUAUUUUAUCAAAGAGCCGAUGUCCUGUAUUGACUGCAGGCUUACUUAUAUAUUUGAAAAAAAUGUAUGUUUAUUAAAAAAAACACUAAAAUAGAAAAAUAGAAAAAAGGGAAUAGGAAAAAAAGAAAAAAAAGUGUAAUUUAUAUUUUAAGACUGCAUGCACAAGACUGGGAUAGUCCUAUUUAGAAUAACAAAUGGCAGUGCCUUUUUUAUACUUGAGACGUCAACCCCAAAUGUAAAAAUGGUUUUAUAUGGACUUUUAGAAACUUGUAAUGUUGCAAAUGAAACCAGCAACGGCUGAGUCGGGUCACGUUCACGCCGCACACCCUCCUUUCCUAGAAUUUAUCCCUUUUUAUUACGUUUCUAGGAAUGCAGACCUGGUUUUAUUCAUCUUUAUGUUGGAUUUUUGUUGGUUUUAUCAGAACCAAUGUUGAUUUAAUGUAUCAUCUUUGUUAUUUUUUUUAAUUCAAGAAGUUUCCAAGCUGAAUUUUUAAAAAUGACCUACUAAAUAUUGGUUUAUUCAAUCAUAAAGUUAGUCCCAGUAUAACGGACGUAAACCUGACACAGCCCGACGGUGCUUAGCAGCACUGGGUGUGCAGAAUGAACAUGAACCCAGACGCCCACGCUGGCUGGUACUUUAUAAUUCUGAUAUAAAGUCCUGAACUAUUCUGGUCCGCACAAUGAAAGAUGUGACAGCAAGAAUAUGUAAGGGUCUUUAACGUGUUUUGUACAUUUAUUGUGAUGUACCAGAAUGCUGUGAGUUGGCAUGCCCCCCCGAUUUACAUAAAAACAAACAAAAACA